AUGGUUUUACAUGUGAUACAGUGCUGUCUAGGAUACGACCUGUUUGAACGCAGUCGAUCGGCUGUUCAUGUUUCGUUCUUGACAGAGGUGAAUCAUGUCGGGGACAAGUGGUUGACAUUCCGGAAGGCAACAAACCAGCGUCAAUGUUCAGUAACCAGGUCACUCCGCGCCAUGUACAUGAUGGGACGCCGGAGCAGGGUGGUCAGGAAUGUAUUGUUGGUGAAGGAUUGUGGUAUGUUGACCGAGGACAUAUUUGCACACAAGGGAGGACAAUUACUUUGCACAGGGACUGGAGGCAUCAUGUCUAUGACUUGCAUUUGA